AUGAGCAUGGAGGUUCUCCUUGCUAGCUCUGCUGCUCGGUCUCCGUUUCCCCAUUUCUCUCUCCCUAACACCAGCAUAAAACCCACUCGCAGCUCCACUAACUCUCAGGCUUGGAGGACAAUUGACCGUGCUUUUGUUGACAAAACCUUCAAUGGCCAAAGUUGGUUUCGUUACAGAGAAAAUGCAUUGCGCAAUGAGCCAAUGAACACGCGAGAAGAGACAUACACGGCUAUCAGGAAGAUGCUAGCAACACUUGAUGAUCCUUUCACUCGAUUCCUAGAACCUGAGAAGUUCAAGAGUCUGCAGUCUGGAACAAAAAGUGCUGUUACUGGUGUAGGCCUGUCAAUAGGCUAUCCUUCAGGCUCUGAUGGAUCACCUGCUGGACUUGUUGUCAUUUCAGCUGCUCCAGGAGGUCCUGCAAAUAGGGCUGGCAUUUUGUCUGGGGACAUUAUCUUGGCAAUAGAUGGUACAAGCACAGAAAGCAUGGGCAUAUAUGAUGCUGCAGACCGGUUGCAGGGACCUGAAGGAAGUUCAGUGGAAUUAACCAUCCGCAGUGGGCCUGAAAUAAAGCAACUUGCUUUAACGCGAGAGAAAGUGUCUCUAAGUCCAGUGAAGUCAAGACUCUGCAAAAUUCCUGGUUCAGGGAAGGAUUCCCCAAGGAUCGGUUAUAUUAAACUGACAACAUUUAACCAAAAUGCUUCAGACAAAGGUGUCAUUGUGUAUAUUUGUGAUAGUCGUGGGGUUAGAGAUAUCUAUGACACAGAUGGGAGUGGUGCAAUUGCAGCUUCGGAACCCCUUGCUGUACUGGUGAACAAGGGAACUGCAAGUGCAAGUGAAAUAUUAGCUGGUGCAUUGAAAGACAAUAAGCGUGCUGUUUUAUUUGGGGAACCCACAUUUGGAAAAGGCAAGAUUCAAUCAGUUUUUCAGCUAUCUGAUGGUUCUGGCUUGGCUGUUACAGUCGCUCGUUAUGAGACACCUGCUCACACAGAUAUUGACAAGGUUGGUGUGAUUCCAGAUCAUCCACUACCCAAAUCCUUUCCUAAGGAUGAGGAGGGUUUCUGUGGCUGCCUCCAAGACCCUGCAUCUUCUUGCCACUUUAAUAGGGGCCAGCUAUUUGCUAGAUGA